AUGACGUUCAAUUGCGCAAAUUGGUUUUGGAACAUUGUGCCUUGGCCAGAUGCCGACAGCGAACCCGAGCGUGCCAGCACCAACCAGCUUGAGGGCAAGGCGCAUCUCCAGCGAGCGUUGGAAAAAAUUGAGAAGGACUCCAUGCGCUACAAACAAUGGGCCGCCAAGCCUUGGCUUGGCAAAGAUGGUGAGGUGGUAUGGUCCAAGAGCCGUGUCUUCUUUGCCAAAGUGGUGGUGAGUCAAAGCUUUGAGACCUUCAUGGGCAUUGUGAUCUUUGUCAACCUGGCGUUAAUGAUUUUUGAGACCAACUCAGAUGCUCGAUGCUACCCGGAAUUUGCCCUAAACCUCCAAGAUUGCAAAUACCACUCUUCACAGCAUUUGUGGUUGCUGGUUUGCACUAUUAUCUUGCAAUUGAUCUACACCGCCGAAUGCAUGAUGAGAGCCUAUGCCGAGCGCAGCAACUACGUCUGGAACAGAUGGAAUCAAGUUGACCUUUGGACUGCCAUUAUGGGAUGGGCAGGUGUGGCCCUAUCGUCGUCAGUGAAUCUGAGUAUCUUGAGGAUCCUGCGUGUGCUCCGCUUGAUCCGGGUGGGUCGCUUGGUGAUUUCCGUGCCGGAGCUGUACAUCUUGCUGAGUGGUUUGACCACGUCCUUCAAACCGAUUCUCUUUGGCUCCAUGAUGCUCAUCUCUGUGAUUCUGGUGUGGUCCAUUAUUGUGGUGGAACUCUUGCACCCCAUCACCUCUGGGCUUGAUUUUCCAGGCUGCCCCAGCUGCCAUCUGGGCUUUGAUGGUGUGUAUGCAGCCUGCUUGACUCUGUUUGCCCAAAUUGUUGCGGGAGAUUCUUGGAGUCAAAUAUCUAUACCACUUGCGAAAAAGGAACCCUGGACCGCACCGAUCCUAUUCUUCAUCAUGAUGACGGUCUCUCUGGGGGUCAUGAACCUGAUCCUGGCCGUCAUCGUUGAAAAGGCGGCGGAGGCACGCGAGAAUGACCAGGAAAGAAAGCAAAAGCAAGUCGAUGAGCAAAGACAAAAGGACAUGGUGGAACUGGCCGUGUUGUGCGAUCGCAUGGACAACGAUGGGAGCGGCGCCUUGUCCCUGCAGGAGAUGCUGGAUGGCUUCGACAAUGACAGCGGCUUUCAGACCGUGAUGCAGCGCAUGGACAUCGAGAGAUCCGACAUGGAGACGGUGUUCCACGCCCUGGACGACGAUGCUUCGGGUGAGCUGGACUAUGUAGAGUUCUGCCAUCAGCUGGGGAGCUGCAAGAGAAGAGAUCCGUUGAUGCUCACAGCCCUCACCAGGUACAAUGUGAUGGAAGUGAAAACCCUGAUUCAGGGUGAGGUCUCUAAGGCUCUAGAGGAGCAGCGUCAGAUGCUGGAGGACCAAUUGGAGCUUCUGGCGCAGGUGCCGAGUUGUGCCACAAGCGCCAAGGAACUCCAGCGGAAACGUUUGGAAAAAGUCAACCCACACGUCGCCAAAGCGGCCGCAGCUGAAAGUGAGGCUCUAGUUUAUCCUCUGGGAAAAAGUGGUUCCUUUUCGGCUGAGACACGUGCUGUGCCGAAACUGCAGACGACCCAGGCGAAGCAGUUGCGCGCCACCUUGCGAGAGCAGGGCCACCUUGCGCCGACUGAGAAAGCGCACCUCACCCGGCAGAGAUCCGGAUCUUUCGGGCUUCUCUUGGAGUCGCUGACAGAGAACUGCAAAGUCUACCAGGACAUGCAGAAUCAGCUCGAGUCGCUGAUGGCAAGUGCCGAGAGACUCAAAGCCGACAUAGCCCAAGACCGCUCCGAAGGCGCUGAAAAUGAAAGAUCAGAGCACCAAGUCCAGGGAUCGAGUCCAGACUUUGACCGAAGAUUUGAACAGCUCUUGAGAAAGUUCUACCAUCGCACCCAGAGGGAGGAAGUGUUGCAGGCCAAGUUUCGAAAACUCAUUGAGUCCAUCUCACUGUCAUUGGGACGGGAGUCCAAACAGGAGGUUAACGCCAAAGGCACCUGUCAAAGACACCUGCCUCAGUUCCAGCUCUUCACACCACGAAGGAGUCGCAUCGUUUCUCCUUUGCAGCCAUCUGACCCGAAGAAGUUGGGUAGCGCGACUGCUUCAAGCAUGGGCAUGGAGCGCAUGCAGCGCAGAGGCUCAAAGCUGAGCAUGACCAGCGAAAUCAGCAGGCUGUCAGGGAAGAUCGGAUGUCUAAGGGCGAUUUCUGAGCAGAUGAACAAGUGGAAAGGAACUCGAACCACCGCCAAUGAGAACGAGGAUGAGAACGUGGAAGAAGGGAAGGAGCACCUGAAGCGAGCGCUGGAAAGGAUUGAGAAGGACUCCAUGCGCUACAAGAACAGCAGUGUGAAGCCUUGGCUGGACCGCAACGGGCGGGUGAUUUGGCCAUACUCACGGAUUGCCAUGGCCAAGAUCGUGCGAAGCCAAAGCUUCGAGACCUUCAUGGGCAUUGUGAUCAUGUUGAACAUCCUGUUGAUGAUUUUCGAGACAGAUGCUGAUGCGAGUUGCUACCCAGAGUAUGCAGACAACGUGAGUGCCUGCCCAGGGCGCAGCAGUGAAGUUCUAUGGAUCAAGGUGUGUAACAUCCUGUUGCAAGUCAUGUAUACGACCGAAUGCUUCAUGCGCGCCUUUGUGGAACGUGAGGAUUAUGUCUGGAACCGCUGGAACCAACUGGAUCUUUUUACAACCAUCCCUGGCUGGAUCACUCUUGCAAUGUCAACUCAAGUGAACUUCGCAGUCUUCAGGACUUUGCGAGUUGUGCGUCUCUUGAGGGCGGGGCGGUUGUUGAUUUCCGUCCCAGAGAUUUACAUCUUGAUGAGUGGAUUGGCCUCAGCGUUGAAACCCAUCGCUUUCGGAUCUGUGAUGCUUCUUUCGGUCAUCAUUCUUUGGGCAAUCAUUGUAGUUGAAUUCCUGCAUCCCACCAAUGCACAGUUGGUCUAUGAUCAAUGCGAGAGGUGCUCUAGAGGCUUUGCCACGGUGUACACAGCCUCGCUGACACUCUUCUCACAGUUGGUGGCACAAGACAGCUGGAGUCAACUUUCUUUGCCCCUGGCGGAAGAAGCGCCGUGGACAACUCCCUUGCUGUUUAUCAUUCUCAUGACUGUCUCGCUCGGUGUUAUGAAUUUGAUUCUGGCAGUGGUGGUGGAGAAGGCUGCAGAGGCCAGAGAGAAUGAUCAAGAAAGGAAGAUGGAACAGAAGGAGAACGAGCGCGAACGAAACAUGAUCGAGCUGGCUAUCCUUUGUGACCGGAUGGACAAUGAUGGCAGUGGUGCUCUAUCCUUGAAAGAGAUGUUGGAUGGCUUCGACACGGACAUGAACUUCAAGUCCCUCAUGGCCUUUAUGGACAUUGAGAGGGAUGACAUGCAGACCAUUUUCAAAGUCCUAGACUGCGACGGCUCCGGGGAGGAAUUGCGAUGGGAAGAUGAUGAUAAAUUAGUGGAUUUUGAGACACCCCCAAGAUGUUCUCCGAUUUUUUUCCAACCAAACCAAAAAGAGCCAACACGAGGGAAGUUGUUACUUCAGUUGGGAUACUAUGCGAUUCGGAUCGAGUCAUUUGUGGUGUGA